AUGCCGAAGGAGCAGUUUCCCCAGCUAGUAUUCAAAGUGGAGAUCGUGUGUAACGGAAGGAAGCAUUGCGUGGAGAAGCGCUACAGCGAGUUUUACGCACUUCAUAAAAGGAUCAAGGGGAGCUGCCAGGUUCCCGACUUCCCACCCAAACGGGUCCCGAACUGGAUGGUGAAGGUUCUGCAGCAACGGAGAGCGGGAUUAGAAGCUUAUCUGCAGGGCGUCAUCUUGCAGAACCAAACACUUCCCAAGGAACUGCUUCAUUUCUUGAAGCUCUGGCAAGGCCUGCAGGAGCCCCAUUUGGUGUGA